AUGGCGCUGCUAUUGCUACUUGUCAAGAUCACUGGCACAAGUGUGUUGAUGGCAUUCAUUGGCAUGCUCAUACACCUGUUUGAUUCGAUGAUUUUGAAUCCUGCAAGGCUUCGUGCCAAACUGCGAAAGCAAGGAAUCCGGGGUCCCCCUCCAACACUGUUGCUGGGAAAUACCCUUGACAUAAAGAAGACACAAUCUAAGUUGUCGAUGUUGCCGCAAGAAGGAGAACAAGUGAUAACCCACAAUAGUUCUUCCACUGUGUUUCCUUACUUCGAACAAUGGAGAGAACAGCAUGGCCCAACGUUUUUGUUUUCACUAGGCAACAUACAGAUUUUACACGUAACUGAUCCUGAUUUGGUGAAGGAAAUAAUUACAUGCACCUCAAUGGAUUUGGGAAAUCCUACGUACCAACAAAAGGAGCGAGGUCCUCUGCUUGGCAAAGGCAUUCUAACUUCAAAUGGUGCAUUAUGGGCACAUCAAAGGAAAAUCAUUGCUCCUGAAUUAUACAUGGACAAGGUCAAGGGUAUGACGACCUUAAUGGCAGACUGUUCUGUUAUGGUGGUGAACGAGUGGAAAAGCAAGAUUGACGGUGAGGGUGGAAUUGCAGACAUAAAGGUUGACGAUUAUUUGAGAAGGUUUACCAGAGAUGUUAUCUCAAGGGCUUGUUUUGGAAGCAAUUAUUCCCAAGGGGAAGAGAUCUUCUUCAAGAUUAGAGCUCUGCAAGAAGCCAUGUCUAAAAAAGUUUUAUCUAAUGGGUUCCCUGGAAUGAGAUAUCUUCCGACAAAAAGCAACAGGGAAAUAUGGAGGUUGGAGAAAGAAGUUCGGGCGUUAAUCUUGAAGGCUGUGUAUAAAACCAAGGAAGAAAAAUCAAAGGAGGACCUAUUACAAAUGAUCCUAAAAGGCGCUAAGAACAGUGAUUUAGGCCCUGAUGCAACAGAUAACUUCAUUGUUGACAACUGCAAGAAUAUAUAUUUUGCUGGGUAUGAAACUACUGCUAUUACAGCAGCUUGGACCUUGUUGCUGCUAGCCUUGAACCCAGAUUGGCAAGAGAAAGUUCGUGCAGAGGUUCUUGAAAUUUGUGGGGGCAAAUUACCAGAUGCCGACAUGAUCCGUAAGAUGAAAGCACUAACGAUGGUGAUCAGUGAGACACUACGGCUAUACCCUCCAGGCGCUAUUAUAUCGAGGGAGGCCCUGGAAGAUAUGAAAUUUGGAGAUAUUCAUGUGCCUAAAGGAGUUAAUAUAUGGUUACUGCCAGCGACACUUCACCAAGAUCCUGAAAUAUGGGGACCUGAUGCUGACAAAUUCAAUCCUGAAAGGUUUUCCAAUGGAGUCAGUGGAGCCUGCAAGUUUCCUCAUGUUUAUUUGCCUUUCGGAUUCGGACCCCAUACAUGUUUGGGACAGCAUUUCGCCUUGGCAGAACUUAAGCUACUUCUUGCUCUUGCCCUGUCAAACUUCACAUUCUCUCCCUCACCAAAAUAUAGGCAUUGUCCAUCUCUGAGUUUGAUUAUAGAGCCUAAACAUGGAGUGAAUCUCAUAGUUAGGAGGCUGUGA